AUUAUCCAAACAAUUCCUGAAAUUCUCCUUUCAUUCAUCCGAAGAACGGCGCCGGGAUGAGUUACUUGAACCGAGUUUGGGCGGCGGCGAGCGUGGCCUUAGCCAACAACCACUCCGAUCAGGCGCAGAGACUGAAGCCCGGCCUCAGAUCCCUCAGCCACGGCAAAAAAUGCUUCUCCUCUUCCCCCGCGGCCGAUCUGCGGCCGCUCUCCGGCUCCGAUCUCGGCGGUCUUGCCGGCAGAGGGGAUCGGACCGUGCAGGUCGACGACUCGCUCAGGCAAGUCAUGUACAUGAGCUGUUGGGGACAGGUGUGACGGCGGCGCCGGAGAGAUGGCGAGUUUUCCGGACCGAUCCGAGCGGCCUCGACGCGGAAGCCGGGUUAGACGAGUACGAGCUGGACAAUUCGGAUCCGGGCGGGCAAAUGGAUCAAUUCCUGAACUGUACGUGGAGCAUGCAGAAACCCAAUUGUAAAGUACUCCGUAAUGUAUCUAUUCUCAUGUGUGUAUGUAUGUACAUAUGAUGAAAGAUCGUUUAAUGCUUGAAAUCGAGAUGGAUCUUGUGUGCUUCUUUAUCUCCUGCUGAAGUAAAAUAACAUCUGAAAUGAAUUUCCCGUUAAAAUGUUUUCUGUAUCAAUCGUUUUUGAGCUUCUUGUUUGUUAAUCUGCUAAAAAAUGUGUGUAAAUCUG